CAGCUUCAUUGAUUAUAAUAGGAGUGAUCUAAGUGUGUCACAUCACGUCGCACCGCUGAAGACUCCAGUGUUUAAAGACGACAUACGAGCAGAGUCUUCAAAAUGCAGCAAACAGCAUGAAAAUGGAUGCCCUGAACAGAAGCAUGUCAGUGGUCAUCUCCAUCUGUUUCUCUUGGACACACAAAAUCCAAGAGUGUGGAAAAACAGAUAUUAAUCAGGUCAUCAGGUUGGUGGAAACUACUCUGCAUCUAAACAGAGUACAAAAAAGAGAAAUCAUCAUAAUAACUGCCAUGAUUGUGUGUUAGAGCACUCAGAAUCAAUGGUUUCAUAUGUUGAGAGGACUGACCAUCCCUAAUCAUCUACAUUGUUGUUAUAUCACGCCUCCAACAACAACCGUCAGGUGUUUUGGUUUGUGGACCCACACUCUGUGGGAUUGUGGUGGGCUUGCUAAUGAAUUAGCCUGCCAACUAGUGCGAGUUUAAUUAACCAGGUGGGGAUAGUUACUCCCUCGUGUGUGAAGAUGCAAGUUCAGCUCGUGUAUCCCAAAACAUCCGUAUCUCUGGUGGAAUCUCACCUGCCAUUCAGCGCAUCUUCUCCUGUGACAGCAGGACCGGGACGGAGCGGAUGCUGUUUUGGCUCGAUAUGUAUUUGGUAACCACGGCCCAUAAAAGGGGCUCUCGGUUGGUGGGCGGAGAGGGAGGCGCUGGGAUGGAGAUAUGACAACAUCUCUGAGACGUUCUGAGAGAAGCUCCAUUUAUGAUUGAAGACGUCUGAACACUUGACCGGCGAAGUAUUAGAAGAAGCAUGGCCCCUGAGAGAAAACUUUCAAGCAUCAGUCAGAGCAUCUCUACAUCGCCGUUCUACUUCGCCCUCUACAUCAUUCUGGUGGUGCUGGGGAACGUGGGGAACACCACGGUCAUUACGGUGGUCGGGGAGAGUCUUCUGCGGGAGACGGGAGUCGUCCGAAGCUCUGAUGUGAUUCUGGUCAACAUGGCUUUCUCCAACCUGUUGGUGUCGUUGGUUAGAAACACGGUCGUGAUGGUGUCCGAUCUGGGAGCGGAGAUUUACCUCAGCAGAGAUAUGUGUCACCUUAUGAUGGGAAUCUGGGUUUGGCUGCGCUCUGCCAACGUUUGGUCGACGUUCUUCCUCAGCGCGUUUCACUUCCAAACGUUGCGUCGGGUCGCCCCACCCGUCAUCACCCUGCACGGCCCCCGCGGGCCCCCCAAUUCCCUCAUCGUCGGCUUCGUCCUCGUCUGGAGCCUCAAUCUCAUCUACGCCAUCCCGGCGUUUAUCUUCUCCAAGAACGGAGACGAGAACUCCACCGAGACGCUGAUGUUGGUGAGCAGCACCACUCGGCCGCUGAUGGGCUGCAUCUGGGACUUUCCGUCAGCCUACAGCGGUCUGGCCUUCGCCACCUCCUCCAUGGUGAUCCACGAAUCCAUUCCCAUCUGCCUGAUGAACAUCACCAACCUGGGCUCACUGCUGACGCUGUACGCUCACGGACACUCGCGCAACACCGCUAACAAGAGUCAGGACGCGCCAGUCGUCACCCGGAUUCCUGCGGAGCGGCGGGCCGCGAAGGUGAUUUUGACUCUGAACAUCCUCUUCAUUUCGUCUUGGGGAACGAACGUCAUCUCAGUCAACUACUUCAACUACAACCGCGGCUCUUCCACCCAGUUCCUGCUCAUCGUUGCCCGCUUUGCAAACAUGAGCUUUAUCGCGUUUUCGCCCAUCGUCCUCGCCGUGGGACACAGGAAGCUGCGGGCGUUCAUAAAGUCAGUCCUGUCGUGCACGCUCUCUCUGUUUGGAUAGACGGCAGAUAUCAGAGACGUGCUGCAUUGUGAAAUUAUUUCAGCGCAUCUCAUCUAAAUUUACACGCUUGUAAUUGCCAGUGAAACUGAAUUCUCUGUGACUGAAGAAAAGUGGCAUGUUGGGCUACAUCAUGUCUGUCUUUAAGUGGAUUGUAUUUGUAUCAUGUCUGUUGAUCUUGGCAGCUAUUUGA